CUAGUUUGCCAACGUGCUGUAAACACGGAAAAGUCAGCUAAAACUUGUUCUUUUCUACGACACAUUUCGUUUUUCCAGACGUAGCUGCACCUGUAUUUUUGGCUUUACUUAAAGCCUUGGUUUUUAAGUGUAUAGCAAACAGACGUUUUCGCCAACGCAGCACUGUCGACAGCCUCGGGCACUAUAUGGAUCACUCGUAUGAUUAUGUUUUUCUAACACUCAGACAGGUUUUGUGGGCAGCCUGAAAGAUGUAGGUGAUAUUUCAUCUGGGCUGCUGGGAACGUGAUCUAGGGGGAGGCGAAGCGAGUUUUUUUUCUGUUGAACCGAAAAUGAAAGUGUUCAUUCAACUGUCAGCAGCCCGCCUUGAUGCAGUGCAGCAACCAUAAGGAGAAAUUUCUGGAAAUAACCAUGGAACUCUUCCUAAAGAUCCGAAUUUACUUGAUUCUGUUUACAGGUGUGCAGUGCAUCCAUCAGAUGCCCUGGCUGCCUUGUCAGUUCAUGGAUGAACAUGUGGAACGUGUGCUUGAGAGGAAUGAAAGCGUCAUUCAGACGAAGCUCAUCCACAGAGAGGCUCUGCUGCAGUUUGGUCAGAAAGGAGACGCUCCUGUUAACCCACAUGGCCUCACAUUCAUGGUCACUGGAUCUAAACUGGACCUGCGGCGGUACAUAGAGGGAGUGGAAGCAGAGCAGAUAGAGUGUGAGCUGCGUAGGUACAGCACACAGGGAAUCCACGUCCGCUGGCCAGUCAAGGGGGACAAAGAGUAUAAUAGCUGGUUCACCUGCACCCUCAGACACACACAGGGCCUGUUCGUAGUCACAGGAUUUCUCAGACAGCCAUCUGACCAGCCUCCCUCUGGACAGCAGGACUACCAUAAAUGGACUCCUAUUGGAGACACAGAGAUCCUCACAACAAACGUUGCCAUGGUCGUCAAAACACAAACUCCAUCAAUAAAAACUGGCCUAGGAUUCGAACGAAAACUCCACUGUCAGUUUGCUGUCGACCAUAAAGGACCAGACUUUACUGUGGAGUGGCACCGCAUGCAUCGUGGUGAUAAAACCAAACUUUUUAGUCACAAUAGCCGCACAGGAAAGACCCAGGGGAGUGGGGUUGGGCAGAAGAGCUUGGCAGGUGGAGAUGCUUCGUUUACCAUCCCGUUUACCAAGAUGAGCAGUGAAGGGAAGUACAUCUGUACUGUGUCUGUGGUUCCACUGUUUGCCGACAUGGAUGUUCAUCUACAUAUCGAAGAGGCUCCCCGUGUCUCCCUCAACAUCGGACCCACUCUCAACCUGCAGGAGGGCGGAGAGCAGAAGGUGAUUUGUGAGGCAGCGAGUUACUACCCUCUGGAUGUGGAGAUCAUCUGGUACGAUCAGGACCCAUCCUCAGUAGGCCAGAGGGUGGGUGCUCCUCUCCCCAAGGUGCUCCAGAACGUUCUGCUGUCCAGCCACAAACACAACACGGACGACACCUUCACCCUCUCAGCUUUCUUCUACCUCAAAGCCUCUCUCAGAGACUCGGGGAGACAGUUUACAUGCAGCGUGUCUCAUCAGUCCCUCAGACUUCCCAUCAGAAAGAGCUUCAUCCUGACUGUUGAAGAGCCAAGCAACUGGAUGUUUUACCUCGCUGUUGGCCUCACUUUGUCCACACUGCUGAUCAUCCUGAUUAAGAUGCUGUCCUACCUGCACUCAACAAAAAGCAGAUCAGCACAGAAGAAACCCUACUGAGCAGUCUCCAGUGGCUGGGAAGAAGAAAAGGAGAAGGAGAGAAUAUGUGAUUGAAUGAAACUUGAAUGUAUUUCAGUUUUCUGCUCAUGUCAAACACUCAAACACUUGAUCUGUUGUUCUCUGUUUGGUUAAAAUGCAGCAGAGUCAGUUUUGAGAAUCUCGGUAAUAGCACUAAACUGAGCAGUUCUUUUACAAGGGGGUUGUCAUGUUUUUUGAGAUUGGCAUGCACAAUAAUGCACAUGCAUACAUGGAAGUGCACAUGCAACACGAUCAUCAUGCAGUGCUUACAUAAAGAGAAGCAAAGUGAUCCUUUACACUGGCAGAGACAAGAAAAGCCCUAGCAAGCAAACAUGGAUGUAUGUUGAAUUAGUUCAGAGAAUAUCUUUAGGAAAAAUAAAAAUGUUGGUUUUUGGGAUUAUUUAAUGAGCUUUGGUGAGAGAAAACUUUUUUUUAACCACAAGAAAUCUUCAUGAUGAUACUUUUAAUAAAAUGAAUCUGUUGUGUUCAAGCAAUGUAAGACAACAAUCUGAAUUAUCUUUGAAAAAUGUACUGAUAAGAGUAAUCUCUCCAUUAACUCCCCAAUGAGAAAUUGUGACCCAGUUUUCCGAUUCGUUUUGAUUAAUCUGAUUUAUUUAACAAAAAAAGAACAGCUUGGACAUCAGUCAGAGCAAACAACGUGACGAAUAAAGGAGACAGGACUAAAUAAUGCUUUGAAAGACUUUCAUAGGUUUUUGGCACAGUUUUUCUCCAGUUUUUUUUUCACAAGCUAGUUUAAAGGGCUAUGCAAACCCACUCUGUGUCCCGACCAACCAGUUGAGAACUGCUGCCUUAUAUAAUGCAAUUCCAAGGUGUUGGACCUAUGGAUUUUUAAUGAAAUAAAGCUUUACUGAUU